GAAAAUAAUUCAAGCACAACAGCCAUGCCUCAUGGUCGCCCAGCAAAGCGCAGGCGUAUCACACCACCGUUAGACGACGAUGUUCCUUCCAAGACCAUAAAGUCCUCCGACCUCUUCGCCCGGGCAGCUGACUGGGAUCUCGAACAAGCCUAUGCACAGAAGAACCGUUCGAAGAAAACGAAAGAGUCCACGAGACUACCUAUUAAGACAGCCCAAGGCCAACUACAACAAGUAGAAGAAAAAGAACCUGAAGAUGGCUCAGACAGCUUUCUAGGCUCCGGCUCGGAGGGCGAGGACAGCAAUAGUGAGGAGGACGAUGCAGACGAGACACCUCCUACCGAGUCUGAGCCUGCCGCUCCAGCGGUACCGCUCAAGCAACAGAUCUUUGGUGCAAAAGAAGAAAUCGCUCGACUGGCUGGUCUGCUGAGUGAAGACCCCGAAGAGCAUGCUAGUGCUUUCAAAAAACUUGCACAACUGGCGGAUUCCCAAUCUCCUAUACCUGUACAGAAACUCGUUCUUGCUGCUCAAGUGGCGGUCUACAAAGACGUUAUCCCUGGCUAUCGAAUACGCGCAUACAAAGACGAAGAUCUGGGCAACAAGAUAUCCAAGGAUGUACGAAAGACGAGACAAUACGAGCAGGCUCUUGUGACUGGCUAUCAAGCCUACGUGAAGCAUCUUGGUGGUCUUGCGAAAGGUCGCAAGGGGGAUGAAGACGCUCAGUCCCUGCGCAGUGUUGCGAUAAACUGUGCCUGCACGUUACUUCUAUCUGUUCCGCAUUUCAAUUUCCGCACAGAACUUCUGAACAUCCUAGUUCAUGAGCUGGCUAGUCGGGAAAGUACUCCGGAUUUCGUGAAAUGUGUUGAAACGGCGGAAAAAUUCUUUGCAGAAGACGAUGACGGAGCCUCGUCCAUGGAGGCUGUCAGCCUUCUGACCAAGAUGAUGAAGGCAAAGGACUAUCGAAUUCGAGAGGAAGUUUUGAAUACAUUCUUUCAAUUGCGCCUUCUCUCAGAACUGACAACACCGAGUUCUACCACCAAAGCCGACAAACCGGAAGACAUGUCGAAGCUCCACGGUAGGAAGGUGAAGAAGGAAAAAUUCGAGCACAGGUCAAAGAAGGAGAAGAAACUUGCAAAGGAGAGAAAGGCAGUGGAAAAGGACAUGCGCGAGGCCAAUGCGAUUGUCAACUACGAGGAGCGAGAGAAGAUGCAAUCGGAAACACUUAAACUGGUGUUUGUAACAUACUUCCGCAUCUUGAAAGCCAGGGUGCCCGAAUUGAUGGGCGCUGUGCUGGAAGGACUUGCUAAGUAUGCACAUCUCAUCAACCAGGACUUCUUUGGGGAUGUGCUCGAGGCUCUCAAGGACAUUAUCAACCAGGCAGAUGCCGCUCUCAAAGGCGAAUUGGAUUUGGGCGAAGGAACGAGCGCAGCGCUGGAUGUUGACCGAGACGAAGUCCGGAACAUGACCCGCGAAAGUCUCCUUUCGACACAGACCGCUUUCACUCUCCUCUCGGGCCAGGACGUGUCCAAAGCUGCAUCAUCUCUACACUUGGAUCUUUCAUUCUUCACUUCGCACACCUAUCGCACUCUCUACCCACUCUGUCUUGAUGCAGACAUUGAGCUGGGCCCGAAAUCCUUGCGGCUGCCGGAUCCUCAUUCAUCAAAGUCAUCUGAAAAGGCAGUCAACAGGGUUAAUAUCUCCACCCCGAUAUUGCUCCUGACACGAGUGCUGGCUUCAAUCCUACUAACGCCUUCGCAACCUCCGCCAAGCGUCGCGGCCGCGUCAUUCUUCAAGCGCUUGUUGACGGUGUCUUUGCAGUUGCCGGAGAAGUCGGCGCUUGCGGUGCUCAACCUGCUCGCUCAGAUAGCAGACAAGCAUGGCCGCAGGAUAGAAGCGUUGUGGUACAGUGACGAAAGAAAAGGAGAUGGAGUGUUUCGAGGAGAAAGCGACACUGUAGAAGGGACGAAUGUUUGGGCUACUGGAAGCGGAGCGUGGGAAGGCGAAUUGCUACGGAAGCAUUUCUGUCCCAAGGUCAGAGAGCAAGUCGCCGCGAUUGACAAGAUUAUUGCCGGGGUGCAUAGAUAGAAGGUGAUGAGCCAUGGG